AUGUCCAGCUCUCCAGACAUGGCCCAUGGCCCUCCUGGGAAGAUGGUAUUAACAUUAUUGAAACAGCCUGGUAUAGAGGCACACGGGCCUCCUUAUCCUCCACCAGGUGCUGGGCUUGGUGGCCGCCCUACACUAUCAGUAGACGUUGCUAUCUCUGCCGUUUUCAUUGCCAUAUUCCUCGUUGGAGCUGUUUCGCAUUUUACCCUAUUUCGAAAGAACCUGAAGCGCAAUUACAAGUUCAUCCCGUCUGCAGCAACUGGGGGAUUCUGCAUAGCUCGUAUCGUGGCCAAUACCCUUCGAAUUGUGUGGGCCGCGAAGCCAAUGAACAUCGAUGUCGCAAUUGCCGCACAAGUCUUCGUUGCCGCUGGGGUCUUGAUACUGUUUGUGAUCAAUUUGAUAUUCGCGCAACGUAUGCUUCGUGCUAGCCAUCCCGUCGUGGGAUGGUCUCGUCCAGUAUCAUACGCCUUUAAAAUACUCUACAUCCUUAUUGGGUUAACAUUGGUUACCGUCAUCACAGCGACUGUGCAAAGUUUCUUCACCCUGGUUCCUAAUACUAGACGGAUAGAUCGUGACUUACAGCUUUUCGGUGGCAGUCUGCUGACUUUUGUUGCAUUCCUCCCGAUACUUAUACUUGCAUUUAUUCAUCUGGCUCCUCAAAGGCAACCACGUGAUCAAUUUGGCUCUGGAUCGUGGUCAGCAAAAGUGAUCAUCGUAACCGCUGCAGCUCUCCUUUUGACGCUUGGUGCAGGGUUCCGUAUCGGAGUCAGUGCCUCCCCUAUCCGAGCCGCUACCAAUCCUGCGUGGUACCAUCAUAAGGCGUGCUUUUAUAUUUUCAACUUUGUCCUCGAAGCCAUGGUCGUCUACAUAUUCCUCUUUGGCCGGGUCGAUCGCAGAUUUUUCGUUCCCAACGGGAGUUCUAAAGUGCGCAACUACUCUGAUAACCGGAUAGAACCCAAGACAUCGGACAACGACGAAGAGGGCCAAAGUCAAGUUGUCAUGUCAUGA